AUGAUUACUGCAAGCAAAAUCAAAUCCGUCGAUUUUUACAGAAAAAUCCCAAGAGAUUUAACUGAGGCAUCAUUAUCUGGAGCAGGGUUAUCAAUAGUAGCAGCUCUCACCAUGGUGUUUUUAUUUGGAAUGGAACUUAAUGAAUAUUUAUCUGUCAGCACCUCUUCAUCCGUGAUUAUUGACAAGAGUUCUGAUGGGGACUUUUUACGUAUUGAUUUCAAUUUCAGUUUUCCUGCACUUUCAUGUGAGUUUGCAUCGGUCGAUGUGAGUGAUGUGCUGGGAACAAGCAGGCUGAAUCUAACAAAAACAGUUCGCAAGUUUUCUAUUGAUUCAAAUUUAAAACCCACUGGGUUUGAAUUUCAUUCCAGCCCGGCUACUAAUGUCGUUAAGCAUGAUGAUAAAGUGGAUGAAGAAUCUCCUGAAGGUGCUUUUGUAUUCACGACAGACAAUUUUGAUAAAUAUGCUCAUCAAUUUCCAAUUACAGCUGUAAAUUUUUAUGCUCCUUGGUGUUACUGGAGUCAACGCCUGAAACCUUCAUGGGAGAAGGCAGCUAAAAUAUUAAGAGAGAGAUAUGAUCCGGAAGUGGAUGGUCGAAUACUUUUAGGGAAGGUGGAUUGCACUCAAGAUGCAGGCUUGUGCCGCAGGCAUCACAUACAAGGGUAUCCAUCCAUUCGUAUCUUUCGUAAAGGAAGUGAUGUCAGAAGUGACCAUGGACAUCAUGAACAUGAGUCAUAUUAUGGAGAUCGUGAUACAGAUACCCUUGUUAAGACAAUGGAGAAUGUAGUGGCGUCUCUCCCUUCUCAGAAGCUAGCUUUGGGGGAUAAAUUAAAUCUUAUAGAGAAUGCAAAAAGACCAGCACCACCAUCUGGGGGAUGUAGAAUUGAAGGAUAUGUACGUGUCAAGAAGGUUCCAGGAAACUUGUUUGUCUCAGCAAGAUCUGAGAGCCAUUCCUUUGAUGCUUCUCAAAUGAACAUGUCGCAUGUCAUACACCAUUUAUCUUUUGGAAGGAAACUGUCACUUAGGGUUAUGAAUGAUGUCAAGCGCUUGAUACCUUAUGUUGGUAACAGCCAUGACAGACUGAAUGGUCUGUCAUUCAUCAAUACAAAUGAUUUAGGAGCAAAUGUCACUGUGGAGCAUUUCCUUCAGAUAGUUAAAACAGAGGUUAUUACUAAAAAAGACUAUCAAUUAGUUGAGGAGUACGAGUACACAGCGCACAGCAGUGUGGCACACAGUCUACACAUUCCUGUUGCGAGGUUCCAUCUUGAACUUUCCCCCAUGCAGGUCUUGGUAACUGAACAUCAAAAGUCUUUUUCACAUUUUAUUACGAAUGUCUGUGCUAUCAUUGGGGGUGUUUUCACGGUAGCUGGAAUUGCGGAAUCAAUUUUUUACAACACUGUUAGGAUGAUGAGAAAAAUUGAGCUGGGAAAGAAUAUUUGA